UGUUGCAUGUCCAAUGAUUAUUUAUUCUAUUUUUUGGGUCUUAACAUUUUUUUAUUAUCUUUCUCUUGAAAUAUGCUUCUUGAUUUACGAUCUUUCAUUUCUUCUGUCUCUAUGCUGCUCUGCAAUUGGGACAUGCUGAAUGUGCAGCCGAAUCGUAUUCUUCUAGUUACUAUCCAUCACAUGCUAUAUCCUAUUACAGUGGAAGUGCUGCAGCAAGUAUUUUCAACUUAUGGAUCUGUGGAGAAGAUUGUAACAUUUCAGAAGUCUGCUGGUUUUCAAGCUCUGAUUCAGUUUCAACUUCGCCAGUGUGCUGUCUCGGCAAGAACUUCUCUUCAGGGUCGUAAUAUUUAUGAUGGCUGCUGUCAGCUGGACAUUCAAUAUUCUAACCUUGAUGAGUUACAAGUUCACUACAAUAAUGAUCGGUCAAGGGACUUCACAAACCCAAAUCUGCCAACAGAACAGAAAGGCAGAACCUCACAACAUCCUGGAUAUAGUGAUGUAGGAGGUAUGCAUACCCUUCAAUCUCAUGGAGCCUGCCAGGGCAAGUGCUUAAUUGGCAGGAUGUCAAUUUCUUUCUUCUCUUUUGCCCAUUGUAUGUUUCCUUAGUUUGCUAACUGACCUGCAUUUUGAUUUUCUUGUUGUUCCAGUUGGAUUUCCACAGGUGGGUUAUUGCUUGAAUCAUUGUAUAAGUAUAUAUGAGAAGAUUCUUUGUGUUCUGGGGUUAUAUUGAUCUUCAUCUAUUAUAUUCAGGACAGGAAGGAUAUCUAUUGUGUCUCAUAUCUUCUUUAUAUACAUAUAUACAUAUAUAUAUAUAUAUAUUAUGAAAUUUGAAAAAAAUCUAAAAUUCUAGAUUAAUUCAACCAAAUGCUUAAUCUAUCUAAUAUAAGCCAAAGUUGUUCAGUUAAUCUAAUUGGCUGGUUCGUGUGGAGACAUUCCAGAUUCUAUAAUCAUGUGAAUUGUCUUGAAGCGCGAAACAGAUCUUAACCUGCUUUUGUUCAUUCAUAUAUCUUAAGAUGCUCUUCCAAUUAUGUAAUGCUGCUACUUUUUUCUUUUCCAUGAAAAUUAGAUGGCCAAUGCAGCUGCAAUUGCGGCUGCCUUUGGAGGAGGUUUGCCUCCUGGAAUAAGUGGGACGAAUGAUAGAUGUACUGUGAUUGUCUCCAAUUUAAAUCCUGAUAAGAUAGACGAGGAUAAGCUUUUCAACCUGUUCUCACUCUAUGGAAACAUUGUACGUAUUAAACUUCUACGCAAUAAGCCAGAUCAUGCUCUUGUUCAGAUGGGAGAUGGCUUCCAGGCUGAACUGGCAGUACACUUUUUGAAGGGGGCCACGCUAUUUGGGAAGCAUUUGGAGGUCAACUUCUCAAAACAUCCAAGUAUAACUCAGGGAGCUGACACACACGAGUACUCUAACUCAAAUCUCAACCGCUUUAACCGCAAUGCUGCAAAGAAUUAUCGGUAUUGCUGCUCCCCAACCAAGAUGAUUCAUCUUUCCACUCUACCCCAAGAUGUCACUGAGGAGGAAAUUGUGAAUCACCUGGAGGAACACGGUCCCAUUGUCAAUACAAAGCUCUUCGAGAUGAAUGGGAAGAAGCAAGCUCUUGUUCUAUUUGAAACUGAAGAACAGGCCACCGAAGCCCUUGUGUGUAAGCAUGCCAGCUCACUCGGUGGGUCUAUAAUCCGGAUUUCAUUCUCUCAGCUACAGUCAAUAAAAGAGAACUCCCAGUAAUAAUCUAACGGUAUGAAACUGCAAUGGUGAACUAGACUAGGAUUACAGAUUCAUUGUUCCCCAGGAUAUUUAUAUGGGUAAUGGGUUGUCUUUGGUCUCUUGUUUUCAUGUAACGCUGGAUUAUUUGAUUUUCUGGUGUUGUAGACUAAAAAUGUUCUCUUUUUUGGUCAUAUUUACUCUUACCUAGUUCUUGUACAACAACUUUUUAGGUUCCUUGGAACUUCAGGACUGAUAUUGACAGAUUGACUCUGCUAUUAGAAUAUACCAUUUGAUGUUCAAUAUCCUUACACUUUCAUUCCCAUCUUUUGUUCCAACAUUUAUAUGCGCUUUAUGUUAUUGUAGACCAGCAUAAUGUGUAUCCAUAGAUAUUGUGUGUAUAUCAUGUACAACAAAGUGUUGUAUAAUUU